AAAGAAAUACGUACUAAGCAGAAACAUGGCUGAAGAGGUGAAAGAGAGUCAAGCCGUCCUUCUAAUUUGGUCAGGAAGUACUCCUCCUAAAAAGAUAGAAGAGAUGGUGGUUCAACUUAACUCUAAAGUUGGGAGAGCGGGGAAAGUUUCCGUGGAACACGAGGAAAGACUCCAAUUGUGUAAAACAACAGACUGUGUGAAGAUACUUGUGAUUUUUUUGCAGAUCUCUGCUUUCAAGCCGAGUUUUGAGGUGGGAAAAGUUUCACGACUGCCACUUUCUUUUGCACCAAAAUCAGCUUCCAAGCCCACGGUCAAAGAUGAAAAUGUUGCAAAAAUUUGGACAUUAUCAGCACAGGAUAUUGACGACGAUGAAAUUGAUAUUCUUGACUCAGACACUCUACUUGAUGAGGAAGAUUUGAUAAAACCUGAUCCUGCUUCACUAAAAAGUGACUGUAGCACAAACAAGGCAGGCAAGAAGAAGGCUUGUAAGAAUUGUACAUGUGGUUUAGCUGAGGAACUUGAUCAAGGAAAGACACCACAAAAGAAGACUGUGACAUCAUCAUGUGGAAGUUGCUAUUUAGGAGAUGCAUUCCGUUGUGCAAGCUGUCCUUACUUGGGAAUGCCGGCCUUUAAACCAGGAGAAAAGGUGGCCCUCACAAGUCGGCAGCUGAAAGGGGAUUUGUAGUACAAAGUAGAACAAUAACUAAAAUUUUCAAGCCCUCAGAUCAACUGAAGGGAAGUUUAUUUAAUUUCAAAUAUGGGAUGAGCUGUAAUUACAGGAUGUAUGUAGGAGAACAUCUCUGUUGUCACUGCUGAAAAUGAGUUUGGUUAUUGCUUCAUCACACUUUAGAUCCCUAUUCCUUAUCUUCGAUGCCCUAAAAAAAUACCUGUGAAUGCUCUAGACUGCUGUUAGUGAUGCUAGGGAGCUAGGGAGACAUCCGUUUUUAUACUACAUUGUACAAUUUGCCUUAAGAAAUGCACUUGUAAAUAAAAAUAAACUGACAU